AUUGAAUCCAAUUAUAUAUGUUUUAUUAGAAAUUCUAUAGUAAUAUAUAGUGACAGAAAAAAGUGUAAAAUAUGCUAUCAUUAUCGGAAGUGGUGUUUGCGAUCAUAAACUUUUAUCUCAUAAUUGUCUGCGUCUGCUGUCACCCAACACCAGGUCUGCUAUGCUAUGGACCACUUCCUGGCGUUCAAUACAAAUACAGUUACAAAAGUGAAACCAUUAUGAAUAACAACGACUAUAGAGAGCCGACUGGUUUUGGGGUCGACUCCCAAAUCACUGUCGAGAAUAUAUGGCAGGACUCGAGUGGGUAUCUCUUAUCAGUGGUCAUCGAUUCGUGUCAAUUCAAGUCCAGAACUGGCGCUAAGUUUGCCGAUGGGAACCAAAUUAAGGACUGGAAUCACCCACUCUUCGCCUACAUUGACAGCACCGGUGAUGUCAAGCAAGUAGUUAUCCAUCAGUCGGAAGUGAUCACUGCUUCCAACCUUAAGAAGUCAUUGUUAGAGCACUUGAGGAGUAAAGCACCGGAAAAAACAUCUUAUGAAUGGAUUAGAGAUGGGCUCACAAUCAGUAAGAAGUCAUUGAAUACAAACACGGACUACAAGUCCAUUCUGUCGCCCGACGUGUCGGACGAGUGGCAGACGUCGGCGCAGUUGGCCAGCGAUCACCCGAUCGUCGAGAGCGCCAACGGCUGGCAAAACGUGACCCUCCAGUCCAGGAUCUACUCGUUCGCUCAUUCAAAGCUUUACAAUAGUUUUACUCUAAAGUUAUUAUCGGAAGCAAAGUCUUCGAGAGAAAAAAUUACCGCAAAUUCCAUAUCAGAUGUCAUUAAAAGUUUAGGCGAAACAUACAUUCAUACGGAACCCAUAUUAAGGCCAGAGAUGGAAACGUGUCAUAACUGCCAAUCACUUCAGAAUAUAGUGAAAGAGAAUGAGAAUUCAAUAAAAGGCGAAUCCAUUGCAUCGAUUCCGAUGACUAUUUCAUACCUCAAACUCAUUGAUAGAGUCCGAAGUGCGGGUCCCGGAGCCUCCAAAGAGGAUAUCAUUAAAUUACUUAAGGCUUACAAAAAGAAGAAAGAUGUCGUCUCAUCCAUUCUCGACAUAUUGGCCGGCGCACGAACUGAGCAGUCAUUGGCCGCCGCUUUAGAAUAUCUCAAUCUCCAGAAGAGUGAAGACUUGGAUUUUGGCGAAAGAUUUUUGGUUCAAUUGGCCGCUUCUGUGAUGACCGCCUCUCAGAUGGAGUCCAUAUCUUCGGCCACUGUUUCGGCGGACGAAGUGAUCGAAGAAAUACUCAAACAAACGAAGACAAAGUGGAAGAAUGAGAAACUAAAGCAAACGGCUUUCCUAAUACUCGCUACACUAUUGAGAGCACAUGUAUUCGACCCGAAAAAGACUGACUGUCGAGUAGUUUUACUUCACGCCAUCGGCAACACUGGUCUCAUCAGAGAUGGUGUCUAUCAAUCGAUAAAGAAGUACUCACUCACGAGUGGUAAACGCGAAUCGAUAGCCGCUAUGAAAGCUUUGCGCGAAUGUCUUCAGUUGUCCGGAAGUAAUGAUAAGUUGACGCCUCGACUGAGAAGUCUAUUACUUCGUGUGGUCUACGAUCCGGAACAGGAGACCACUUCCCGAGUGAUAGCCGCAGAACUCAUCUCAAUAUAUCUUAACGAUGAAAAGACCGCCAAAGAGCUGAUCAAACAUUUGCCGACUUUCGGCAAUAACGAGUUGGCGACCAUCAUCUGGAACCGGGCUUUCUCUUCAGCCCCACUGAUCCCUACGGCUCACCACAACUGGCACUUGCAUUCAACCACUUUGAACGGGUCGUCCGCUUCAUUCACCCGAGUAAUGGGCGGAACUAAGAGUACAAACGCUUCCUAUCGGAUACUUAUGGAGCUCUUGAAUAAAGGAAAACUUCUGAAAGAGUCGGCAUUUGAUGUCGAGCUCUCUUCGCCCAACGGUUACUCUCAGCACUUGAUUACUGUCGGGAUGUUUGCCAGAGGUCUACAAUCAUUUGCCGGCGAUUCAGAGGCGGAAACCCCUACUAAUGAAGUGGAAGAAGAACAGACGAUGGCUGGAAUGUCACUGAGAAUAAUGAACAUCCAGUUGAGGCCAUUCACGUUCUUCACGGGCACGGGAGAGCUUAUGGGACACGUCUGGUCGGGAACGGCAUCUGAGCCGACGACCGUAUUUCAGGGAAACUUCUUAUUAGCCGAUUACUGGUCAACGCAUCCGCUGAUCAAUGGACUGAUUGUCGAACAAAGUCUUCGGGGAAUCCUAUCACUAGAUCUGAGCGGAGAAAUACAGAUCUCUUUGUGGAAUCGAAACUCUCAUUCAGUGGUUCACACGAAAGGCUCUCUUCUGUUUCAGGGCUCGCAGACUGUCCUCACGUCCGACCACAAGACCUCCGCAUCCAAACAGUUCUCGUUUGGAGGGAACACUCAAUUGGAUUUCAUCACUGAUUUGGACUUCUAUUCGAGUCCUUUCAAGAUGUGUAUGCAAAUCGAUAGACCAGAGUUCACAUUCAGGCAUAACACCCGAAAGUACGAACGGGUCAACAGCGAGAACCUUCACAAACGUAUUCAUCGGCGGAUAUUUAGUAUACCC